AUGGCCAACUUAUUAUUCAGGUGGCAGCAGUUACGGGAGGAACAUGGAGACCAAGCAGUCAAUGUGCCCGAGUUUGCUCAGUUGACCAAAGUGAUUAAAUAUAUACAGUUCCAAUCACAACAACAACAACAACAACAACAGCAGCAGCAGCAGCCACAACAGCAACAACAACAACGCGGUAUGAACCCCAAUCAAGGUGGGGGAGCCAUGAGACCUGGCCAAGGUAAUGGAAAUCAAAUGUUUAACGGUCUGCAACAUGAUGCCGAUCAACAGAUGAGAAGAGGGCCAACGAAUCAGGACCAGUUCCAACAACAGAUGCAACGUAAGCUUCAGCAGCAGCAGCAGCAGCAGCAACAACAACAACAACAACAACAACAAUUUCAAAAUAGGCCGUUCCAAGCUGAUAAUGGAGGUCAACAAAUGAAUACAAUUGGAACUCCCGGUCGAUCUCUUCCUCCUGGACAAGUGAAUCCAAAUAGACAAAUGCAAUUUGGAGGAGUUAAUGGCAUGGAUUCUCAAGGUACCACGUCCAGAAACCCCAUGAUGACGAAGCCAAACCCCAAUACCAAUGGCUCAAAUACACCUGUUCUUAAGGGUCCUUAUUCUAAUCAGACGCCCAAUCAGAAUUUGAUGCAACAGAACCCUAGGGGCCAAACAAAGGGUGGUGAAUCUCCAUUUACAGAUGCACAAGGUCAAUUAUUUAAAGCUCAACUUCAGGGACUUAAACAUAUAUUAAACAAGGGACCAGCAACUGGAAGUGCGUUACCACAAGAAAUGUCUGACUUCAUUACAAAUGAGCAAAGUGUAUUCAUUCCAAACGGUGCUUAUAUACCCACAUUUGGCAGUCAACAACCUCCUCCACAAGUCCUGAACGCCCCACAGGUUCCAAUCCAACAACAGCAACAACAACAACAACAACAACAACAACAACAACAACAACAGCAGCAGCCACCACAGCAUAGACAACAACAACAACCACAACCAUCAUCGCAACAAUUUGGUAUGCAACAACAACAUCCUAUGCAACCAAGUCCCCAAGUUCCUAAAGUACCAACAAAUAUACCUAUGAACCGAAAUUCUUCCCAACCUUACCCACAGGGUCUUUCUCAGCAAAUACAGCAAAAUGAAAACAACAACUUGACUCCAAUAACUGCGGUUCAACAAGCAAACCCAAUUCAACAGGGCCAAAUACCUGUGCAAAUGUCUAAUCGUUCUCUGCAACCCUCACACUCCCCUAGUGAUAGACCUGCUGAAACUGUUGAAAGUACUAAGGAAGGGUUUCAACCUGUUCUCCUUCCUCCUAAACCCCCAGUUAACAUUAAGGAAUUGGUUCCUGAACACAGAAAUGAUGUCAUCCUUUUGCCAGUAAACAAACCAAAUGUUCAUGUGGAUGCAUUUGAAGUUCCAACAAUUUGUGACCAGGAUACUCCAGAAAUUCCUUACAACGCCAUUUACAGCAGUGGUAAUAGAAUCAACUUCCCAAGUGUCCAACCAAAUGGUAUAGAUAUGGACGAUGUUUACACCAACAAAGAAGUAUUAAUGACAUUACAGAUUCACCAGGAAAUCCAAGCAUUAGAAGAGACCAUAAGGAGACUUGGUGACGAAGAUCCUAUUGAAAAGGAGAAGGCUACAUUGAGAUUAGCCAGACUCAAACUCUUGCCUUAUCAAAAGGAAAUUAGAGGUAAGCUACUUUCACACUUUUGGUUUGGUCGCUCUCUAUUGCCAAACUCCCAUCCAAAUUUUUUGGCUAUAUUCAGCACUUUAUCUCUUGACAAUGUGAACGCCACUCAUGAAGUCUAUAAGCAUCAACUUCACACCUUGAUUCAAGCUCAGAACCAAAAGCACAGAAUUACAAUAGAUCGUAUAUUGUCAUGCAGAGAUAGGAAAAUAUCGAAGAUGAAUGCAAGGUCUGACAGAUUAGAUAGAUUGUCGUCGAAAAUCAGUAGUUUCCAUAACCAGACAGCUAAAGAAGAGCAGAAGAAGAUUGAGAAAAUGGCCAAACAACGUUUGCAAGCUUUGAAGCUGAACGAUGAAGAAGCAUAUUUGAAAUUGUUAGAUCAUACUAAGGAUACUAGAAUUACACAUUUGUUGAAGCAAACAAAUCAAUUCUUGGACUCAUUGGCUCAUGCUGUUCAAUCACAACAAAAGGAAACUCAUACAAAGGUUGUUCAAAGUGGAAGAUCAGACGGUGAUGAAGAGAUCACGGAGGAAUCAAGAGAGAAAUUGGAUUACUACAGUGUUGCCCAUCGUAUUCAGGAAGAAGUUACGAAACAACCAUCUAUUUUAAUUGGUGGUACUUUGAAGGAAUAUCAAAUAAAGGGUUUGCAAUGGAUGGUCUCUUUGUUUAAUAAUCAUUUGAACGGUAUUUUGGCAGAUGAAAUGGGAUUGGGGAAGACCAUUCAAACGCUUUCCUUAUUGACAUAUUUAGUGGAAGUGAAGAAAAUUCCAGGUCCAUUUUUGGUUAUUGUCCCUUUGUCUACAUUAACCAAUUGGAACUUGGAAUUUGAGAAAUGGGCCCCCUCAGUGAAGAAGAUUUCUUACAAGGGAACUCCAAAUCAACGUAAAGUAUUACAAGCAGACAUUAGAAGUGGUAAUUUCCAAAUUUUGUUGACAACAUAUGAAUACGUUAUCAAAGAUAAAGCACUUCUUUCAAAAAUUAGAUGGGUUCAUAUGAUUAUUGAUGAAGGUCAUCGUAUGAAGAAUGCGAACUCAAAGUUGUCAGAGACUUUGACUCAUCAUUACCAUAGUGAUUACAGAUUGAUUCUUACUGGUACACCACUUCAAAAUAAUUUGCCAGAAUUAUGGGCAUUGUUGAAUUUCGUGUUACCCAAAAUUUUCAAUUCCGUCAAGUCAUUUGAUGAGUGGUUUAAUACCCCGUUUGCUAAUACUGGUGGACAAGAUAAGAUUGAAUUAAGUGAAGAAGAAACUUUAUUGGUUAUCCGAAGAUUGCAUAAAGUUUUGAGACCAUUCUUGUUGAGAAGAUUGAAGAAAGAUGUGGAAAAGGACUUACCCAACAAAGUUGAAAAGGUUGUCAAAUGUAAAAUGUCUGCCCUUCAAUCCAAGUUGUACCAACAAAUGCUUAAUUACAACAUGUUAUUUGCUGGUGACAUGAAGACUGGUGGGCCUUCUCAUAUUAAGAAUGCAAACAAUCAAAUCAUGCAACUUCGUAAGAUUUGUAAUCACCCAUUUGCAUAUGAAGAAGUGGAAUCACUUAUUAACCCUAACAGGGAAACAAAUGAUAAUAUCUGGAGAGUUUCUGGUAAAUUGGAACUUUUGGAAAAGAUUUUACCAAAGUUCAAGGCAACUGGACACAGAGUAUUAAUGUUCUUUCAGAUGACCACAAUUAUGGAUAUUAUGGAGGAUUUCUUAAGAUUGCGUGGCAUGAAAUAUAUGAGAUUAGAUGGUGGUACCAAGUCCGAUGAGAGAAAUGAUAUGUUGAAAUUAUUCAAUGCACCCAAUUCAGACAUCUUCUGCUUCCUUUUGUCAACUAGAGCUGGUGGUUUGGGGUUGAAUCUUCAAACUGCUGAUACUGUUAUUAUUUUUGACACUGAUUGGAAUCCACAUCAAGAUUUACAAGCUCAGGAUAGAGCACAUCGUAUUGGCCAAAAGAAUGAGGUUAGAAUUUUAAGGUUGAUUACUGAUGACUCUGUUGAAGAAAUGAUUUUAGAACGUGCUCAUGCUAAGCUUGAUAUUGAUGGUAAGGUUAUCCAGGCAGGUAAAUUUGACAAUAAGUCCACCUCAGAAGAACAAGAAGCGAUGUUGAGGGCUUUGAUUGAAAAGGAAGAAGAAAGGAGACAAAAGGGUUCCAACGAAGAUGAUGAAGAGUUAGAUGAUGAUGAAAUGAAUCAAAUUAUUGCUAGAAAUGAUGACGAAAUCGUUGUUUUCAGAAAGAUGGAUGAAGAGAGAAUAGCUGCCAUGAAGAAAGCUCCAUAUUCCACGAGAUUAUUCUCUGAAGAUGAAUUACCCGAAGUUUACAAAAAGGACCCAGAAACGUUUAUCAAAAAGGAUGAAGUCAAUUCUGCAGAUUAUGGUAGAGGUGCUAGAGAAAGGAAGGUCACUACAUAUGAUGAUAAUUUAUCUGAAGAACAAUGGUUAAAGCAAAUUGAUGGAUAUGUUAGUGAAGAUAAUUUUGAGGAUCCAGAUGUCAAGCCCAAACGUGGUAGAGGAAGACCUCGCGGAAGACCAAAGAAGGUUUUAAAUGUUGUUGCUGCUCCAGAAUCAGCCCCCGAUGUCAAUGAUACACUUGAUGAAGCAUCUCAACAGGUUAAACGUGCUGGUGAAGAAAGAGAAGAAGAUUUGAAGAGAGCCAAAUCAGCCACUCCUACUAUCGGUAGUAGCGUCACACGUCGUGCAAUUGUUUCUCGUACCCGUGGUAGGGCCAAAGCACCUAGAGGAGGAGGACGUGGUAAACGGGGCAGGAGUCUUUUGACUAGAACAGUCCCCUCUGUGGAUCCUUUACUGCCAGAAGAACGUACGCUUUUACAGGACAAAAUGAACACCAUUUUCAGUUUGGUAAUGGAUUAUGAAAAUGAUGAAGGGCGGAGAUUGAGUGAUAUGUUUUUGAUCAAGCCAUCAAGAAAGAUGUAUCCCGACUAUUAUGUUUUAAUUAAGAAUCCCAUUGCCUUGGAUACUUUGAAGAAGAGAAUAAAUAACAAGAGCUACACCAGUAUGAGGGAUUUCUUGGAGGAUUUACAUUUAAUGUCAAGCAAUGCUAAAAUCUAUAACGAAGAAGGAUCCAUAGUUUAUCGAGAUGCUGCUGUUCUUGAGAGUCUUGCAUUAGACAAGUUCCGGGAACUCAGUUUCGACAUAGGGAUUGAUGAAGUGAACAAGAUUCUUGAUUUCCAAGAGUUUGACCAAUUACAUAAUCUCAAGCCUUUAGCAGCAGUGGGCAACUUGGCCAUUAAGAAGCCUAUUGAUGUUGUGGUACUGAAUAAUAUGGAAAUUGAAGGCAGUGGACCUCCAACUGUUGAUACCAAUAUGGAAGAAGAUACAGAUACCUUCAAAGGAGGAUCCCGGGAUGAAGAAUCUGGAGUCGAUUUGAAUGCCUUAGACUCCGGUGUUCCUGAUAGUGGCAUAGAUACCGGAAUUGAAACCGGAGUUGAUUUGAUUGAAAACAGUCCCUUUGACAUGUACACUGGACUUGGAGACUCUGACACACCAUUUGACAUGAACAACACCUGA